UGAACGCAGCAUUCUACGUCAUCAUCAGGCGCCAGCGCUGACGCUAAACUCCUGCCCCUGGAUCUGCUCUGUUUACCUCUGCGCAGGUUUCUAACACCGAUAUCACCCGCCGCCUGUCGCUGGUUCCCGCCGCAGCUCGUGGAGUGUCCCGGUCUCCGUCCGGAGCCGAACUCUGGACAUGGACAGCGAAAUCCAGCGAGACGGGAGAGUCCUGGACCUCACCGACGACGCGUGGAGGGAAGACAAGCUGCCGUACGAAGACGUCACCGUGCCGCUGAGUGAACUUCCUGAAGCCGAGCAGGACAACGGCGGCUCCACGGAGUCUGUGAAGGAGCAGGAGAUGAAGUGGACGGACCUGGCCCUGCAGAGCCUUCACGAGAACACGCCGAGCUCUGGGAGCUGAGAACUGACAAUCUCACCCGUCAGGAUCAUCUCCAGUCGUCCUCAUUUCAGUGUUUCUGGGAGAAAUCCCAUGUUUUGAUGCUUUUGUGGGAUGUGUAUUUGUGUUGUGACUGGUAAAUAUGAUCAAAUACAUGUCUUUGUAUGUUUUUAUUUCCUGUGUUGAUGUGAGAGCUUCACAUCAUUCUUCUGGUCGAUUCACUAAUAUUCAUAAAAAUAUUAUUUCUAUA